AUCGUCAUGCCGACCAAAGUGCCAGUCUUCGUGUCAAGUGGGCUGAAGCAUGGGUCGAAUGGCCUUGUGGGUCCUCAAGGGCCUUUUUCAUCCACAAGUCAAAUGCCAUCAGGCGUUUUUUGCGGGGUUUGUUUUGCUUAACUCUUGCCACCAAAAGUUCCCUUCCCAACUUUUUCCUGCCCUCUCACCAGCUGGAGGCGUCUCUGAGAGUGGUCGGCUUGGCGCCCUCUUUCUCCAAUUCAUGCAGCGACACAGAGCGUGGCCUGACUCCGCCUCAAAUUCCUCGCAGGGGUCCACGACGCUGUCCCGACAUGUCGCCCACUUCUAGGAAGAGACAGACGGAAAGAUUUGCCAGAAUAUGCGCCACUCGCUUGGACGACGACGAUGAUUAGCACGCGGUACAGAGCAAUGUGUGUUUUGAUGUAUAGAAAUGGAGGAAGGGGGGGCGCUAUAAAGUAAGUGUCAUAGUUUGUAUUUUUCUAAAUAAAUAUUUUCCAUUGAUUCAGUGUCGUCACAAGAACAGACUUAUGACAUUGCACACGGUUGUAUGAAUUCAAAUAGUUGCACAGGUGACGCGGCUCAUUUGCACGGGGCGUUUGCAUGCCUGCGCGCGCACACCCACACGACUGCACAAGCGUCCGUCGGUUUCGUCUUUCUGUAACAGCGUCACGCUUUGCCACCCCCUGUAUGGCCGAAGGCGAGAAACCGGCACGCACCUUUCUUAGCACUCCCUUUUCCUCCCGACAGACACGUGAAGUAGUUUGGAUGUGGCUCCAGCUGGUGCCGGGUUGUUUUUGUACUUAAGCGCAGGUUGGUCCUCGGCCAGGCGUUUUCUUUUUUUUUUUUCGCCAUGGUCAGCGGGGGAGGUUCUUCCGACUUUAACCCGUCGGUGCCCGUCAAAAUCUUUUCGGCUGGGGCGGCCGGCUGCGUGUCCGACCUGGUCACCUUCCCGCUGGACACGGCCAAAGUUCGACUGCAGAUUCAGGGCGAAUCGGAGCCCUUGGUGAGAGGCCAGAGAGCCACGUACAGGGGCGUGUUCGGCACCAUGUUCACCAUCGUAAGGACGGAGGGCGCCAGGGGCCUCUACAACGGACUGCUGGCCGGCCUGCACAGACAGAUGAGCUUCGCCUCGGUGCGCGUGGGCCUGUACGACGCCACCAAGCAGUUCUACGGCAGGGGCUCGGAGAGCCCCAGCAUUGCGACGCGGUUGGCGGCGGGCUGCACCACGGGAGCCAUGGCGGUGGCGGUGGCCCAGCCCACCGACGUGGUGAAAGUCCGCUUCCAGGCGCAGGUGCGAUUGCUCCGGGGCGGUGCGGCGACCAGGUACGGCGGCACCUUGGACGCCUACAGGACCAUCGCCAGGGACGAGGGGCUCCGAGGCCUGUGGAAAGGUUGUCUGCCAAACAUCGCUCGCAACGCCAUCGUGAAUUGCUGCGAGACGGUCACCUAUGAUGUCAUCAAGGAGCGCAUCCUGCAGUACGAGCUGAUGGCGGACAACAUGCCGUGCCACUUCACGGCCGCCUUCGGCGCCGGCUUCUGCGCCGCCGUGGCGGCGUCUCCGGUGGACGUGAUCAAAACGCGCUACAUGAACUCCGCGCCGGGCCAGUACGGCGGCGCCAUCCACUGUGCCUUCACCAUGCUGCUCAAGGAGGGGCCCGCCGCCUUCUAUAAGGGAUUCAUGGCGUCCUUCCUACGCCUGGGCUCGUGGAACAUCGUUAUGUUCAUGAGCUACGAGCAAAUUAAAAGAGGUGCGGCAAGAUUGCACAAGUCCGUGCAGUCUUCGUUUUAAGCCGUCUGGCAAGGUUGCGCCUUUGUAUCCUUCUUAAAAUGGACGUGGACCGAAACGUUUGCAAGAUUUGUUGUGUGCGGCUCCGCUCGUCUAAACGCGGCAUUCUGAUGAAAGGCCAAUCCCGGAUCACCGGUUUUCUGACUUGAGCAACCGCUCGCCUCGUAUCCCCCAAACGCAAUGCAGCGGUGACCGCAAAGACAAUUUUGGGGCUCGACUCCCCCCUUUGCAGAGAGCGCGGUUCGACUCCAGUACAAGUACAGGCCACGGGAAAAGGCCUUUGGCUCUGACCUCUGCUGGAGGCUUUUCAUGCGGCUCGCUUCGCAUUCUUUCAUUCGGCCCGUUGAGCGCUCACCAAAUGAGAAAUACGCUCGUUUUUCUCUUCAAACUUCUUAGUUGAAAAUGUAUUUCUUCAAGUUUGUAUUCACUAAUGUUAUGCAAAGCAGAGUAGAAAUACAGAGGAAAAAAAUGCAGUAUUUGAUUGUACUGAUGUAAUGUCAUUAUAGAUAGCUUAAUUAAAAUGAAUGAUCGAAAUUUGA